AUGCCUCGUCAACGCCGUGGUGCCGCCCCUACUCCCGCGCGCAGCGCUCCCACCCGCCCUACCGCUGCUCCCGCCAGACCUGCUGCCGCCCCUUCCUACGGGCAGCAACAGCCUCACUCGACCGCUGCUCACCCCCAGCAGCAUCACGCUCCCCCUCCGGCUGCUGCCCCCGCUGCCACUCCCGCCGCUGCUCCCGUCCAGCAAAGCCAGGGCCCCGGUCUCUUCGGCCAGAUGGCCUCGACUGCUGCUGGUGUCGCCGUCGGCUCCUCCAUCGGCCAUGCCAUCGGCGGAAUGUUCUUCGGCGGUGGUGGCGGCUCCAGUGCCCCCGCUGAGGCUCCCCAACAGGCUGCGCCGGCUCCGGCUCAGGCCAUGGACAACGGCCUCUGGGCUGGAAACGCUACCAACAGCUCUUGGGAGGCGCCGGCCUGUGCUACGGAUGCGCAGAACUUCCGCAAGUGCAUGGAUGAGAACAAGGGUGAUUUGACGAUUUGUGGGUGGUAUUUGGAUCAGUUGAAAGCUUGCCAGGCUGCUGCUAAGCAGUACUAG